CCCCGCCAGCGCCGCCUCCCGGCGCCCUCGCCUCACCCAAGGUGACCUGGAGGCGGAAGACGCCCAAAGACUACAACUCCCAGCCAUGGCCAACCCUCCCCCGGCGCCCAACAAGCCGAAAAAGGCGGCUGUGGAGGGCCGCGCGGAAUGCCGGGAAGCCGAGUCCAAGCGGAGGAGCCAGGCGCAACCUGAGGCGGGCGGCGAAGGGCGACGAGGCGCCGGCGGAGCAGAGCUGAGGAGGCAGAGGAGCCGAGGAGGAGUGAGCAGCCACAGCGGACCGCUUGGGAACCGGAAUAGCAACGAGCGAGGCCAGCGGGGCAGCGGAAGAUGGCGGCCCGGCCCCAGCACCAGCCUGAGCGGCGGCGGAGGCAACCGAGAGCGCAACAGGGCGGGCGGCUGUGAGAAAAAGGCGGGCCAAGGGCAAGGAGGCCGCUGCUCCUGCUGCCACUGGCGGAGGGAGAGGGAGCAGCAGGCGCCGCCGCCGCCGCCGAGGAGCCAGGAAGGAGGCCGGGCCGAGGCGGUGGGCUGCUGGGCCCCCCGGGGCGCCAUGUUCUCGGUGCUCUCCUACGGGCGGCUGGUGGCCCGGGCCGUGCUGGGCGGCCUCUCGCAGACCGACUCCCGGGACUACAGCCUGGUCACCGCCAGCUGCGGCUUCGGCAAGGACUUCCGCAAGGGCAUCCUCAAGAAGGGCAUGUGCUACGGGGACGACGCCUGCUUCGUGGCCCGGCACCGCUCUGCCGACGUCCUAGGCGUAGCAGAUGGUGUUGGUGGCUGGCGGGACUAUGGCGUUGACCCUUCUCAGUUCUCAGGGACUCUCAUGCGCACUUGUGAACGCUUGGUCAAAGAAGGACGAUUUGUACCAAGCAACCCUGUUGGGAUUCUCACCACAAGCUACUGCGAGCUGCUGCAGAACAAAGUCCCUUUGCUUGGGAGCAGCACAGCUUGCAUUGUAGUCCUGGAUCGGACAAGUCAUCGCCUACACACUGCAAACCUGGGGGAUUCAGGAUUUCUCGUCGUCAGGGGUGGAGAAGUGGUGCACCGAUCAGAUGAGCAACAACACUACUUCAACACUCCCUUCCAAUUGUCGAUAGCCCCGCCAGAAGCUGAAGGGGUUGUCUUCAGUGACAGCCCGGAUGCAGCAGACAGUACUACCUUUGACGUCCAGCUGGGAGACAUCAUUUUGACAGCCACAGACGGGCUUUUUGACAACAUGCCUGACUACAUGAUCCUCCAGGAGCUGAAGAAGCUCAAGAAUUCAAAUUACGAAAGCAUACAGCAGACAGCAAGAAGCAUUGCUGAGCAAGCUCACGAACUGGCAUAUGAUCCCAACUACAUGUCUCCCUUUGCACAGUUUGCAUGUGACAAUGGAUUGAAUGUAAGAGGUGGAAAGCCAGACGACAUCACCGUCCUCCUUUCAAUAGUUGCCGAAUACACAGACUGAUGGACUGACAGCCUCUGCUUGUGAUUUGGGUGUUUCCUCCCGUUCCAGCUUCAUUCGUACUGUUUCCUGCUGGCAGGAUGUCUUUCUCUGCAACUGAUCUCAGUGGCUCUUCCAUGUUCCAUCCGUUGCCUGUUUGAAGAUGCAGUCAAAACCCUCCAUCCCUAGAGAACACCGGGGCACAUCUGCCAGCAAGAAAUGAAGAAUUUCAAUACUUGAAGCUUGUCUUUUCAGAGUUUGGUAGUCAUUAUUGCAUAGUGAUGGGGAAGGGAAGGGCUGAAUAAUCAUGGUUAUGGCUCCGAAGUAAGUGAAUAAGUAGCGAUUAAGUAAAAAUUGGCCAUUUGUCAUUCAGGAUUAGGUUAUGCUGUUGAACGUUGACAAAGGGAACCUCUGUGAGGCUGCCGUCACCUUGCUAGAUGAAGGCCCCUUUUGCCUCUGCAAGGGGCCACAAAGCAUCUUGUCACUAGCAUAGUUCGUGAAACUGUCUUUGAGGCUUUUAUACAGAUGCAUCAGAGGCUUCCAAGUGCACUCAGCCUCCAGGUCGAUGUGGAGUUUUGCCCAGGAACGUUGUCUUUUACUGAAUUGUGAAUCACAGAAUUAGUUUGUGAAAUGUGUUGUGCAUGUGAGCGAAUGAGUGUGAGCGAGUGCAACGGUGCUUACCUGUUCCCAUGCAGAUGGACGUUUAGCAUAUCAUUUCUUCCCACAGGGCUCUCCACUAGCAAGAUGCUUUCCUUCCAGAAAGGAACGUUCCAAGGGUCUUUUCUCUCAUCAUGAGUCUGAUGAAGCCAAGGUGCUGAGGAGUUAGGCUGGCUUUCCGUGAUGUAGUUGCUAGGGACAAUGGGGUGUGUUUUGGCGGUGGGUCCUUGGCUUUGAAUGGUCCCUUCUGAGUUUCAGGAGCCUCUCAGUGUCUUGAAAAACAUGCCUCUGCUUGUACUUCCACCACAAGAAUAAUUGCACCCGUGCAAAAUGGAAUGAGCAGCAUUGACCUUGUAGUAGGGGGCAUAUAGGAUUUCCAGAACGAACUUCAGUUAUGUUUACAGGUAUCUAAUAGCCAUUUUGCAAUAGAGCUUUUCUUUUCAUUGACACUCAGUCCAGUUUCUUCAGUAGCUACAACCUUCCCUCCCCCUCUUUUUUUUAAAAAGAAAUCUUCAUGUAAAAACAGCUGUAAAGAUAUAUAUAUUUUGGUCAGUUUUUCAUAACUUUUUUGCUGGUAGAAAAGUACUUAGAAUUGAAAAGCCAUGUUUUAUAUAGCAGUUGGUUAAUGUUGAUGCCUAGAUGAUGAGCUUGGCCAGUAUAGAAACCUUCCUUUUUUAAAACCAUGAAAGGGGGGAAUUACUGCCAAGUUUAUUGUAUUAAAACUGUACGUUUGAGGUUACCUCAGCCUGUUUUAAAUAUUUUUUGUGGUUGUACUGUAUAUUUGCAUAAUUGUGUCAAGCUUUUAUUUAUAAUUAUGUGACAUGUACCAUGUACAUGUCACUAUUUCAAUGCAUCCUGCUUCUAAUCGUCAUUUCAUUGCGAGAAUUGGCAAAAAUAAUCAAGUUGGAAGCUCAUGAAUCUACCUUUCUUUGUAAAAAAAAAUUGGCACGACGAAUUUUCUUAAAUCACCUUUGGGUUGUUGUUGUUACUGUCAGAAUGCCUUAACCAUUGAGCUUGACAAAAUUGAUCCUUUUUUUUUUUUUUGGCAAGGAGACAGGGUGGAAUCAGACAAAAUGAAGAAAAAAAUCAUAGUGCUAGGAUUCGAUAACUUUGCACAAACCAUUUCAAUCCAUUGUGUUACUUUCCGCCUAACCAGUUGUCCCUGUGUAUAUCCACUUAGAAGGAAUGUAUUAAUGCCGCAGUACCUACAUUGAAGUUUCUGCUUUGCCAGAAGAGCAGUUACCCUUCCUUUGAACUUCCAUUGUGUUUUUCACUUGCCAGUGUUCACUGUUGCAGUUCCUUGUUUGACUAGGCCAUUUUGUUGUCCGGACUGCACCUUCCAGUUGCACCAAAUCCCUUUGGCCUCAGACGGCCUCGGGCUUGGUGCCUUUAUUGAGCAGGACCGCUUCCCUCCUGCUUUGGGGUCUCUCCCCAAGGAGCCGAACAGCAAUGCUUGGCAGGGUUCCCGCCUUGGCCUUGCUUCCCUUCCAGCAGUUUCUAGUCAAGCCAUUUGUCUCUUCCCACAUUUAUGAUCAAAAUUUAGUCUUUCAACUUACAGAUAAUUCAGUCCCCUUCCUUCCCAUCACUGGACACCAAAGACCAGUACGACUGAUAGCUUUUGCCAUCUAUUUUUUAAAGCAAUACUGUAUGAUAAAGAAUUAAUCUUUCUAUUGCACGCUUGACUUUUUUGUUUUUCCACAUGAAGAUGUGCACUCAAACAGAACAGAAACGGAUUUCUUCCUACAAACUUAAAAAAAAAAAAAGCUGUCUGCGCACAAAUCUUUUUUUUACAAAAGGAGAAAGGCAGGACGUGUGUAUUUGUUGAAAACCCUUUCCCAGUGCUCAAAAUCAGAAGCAUGGUUCCUUGGAACUCUACUGACGUGGUAUAGAGAAGCCAUUCCGUGUUGUUUUCUCUUAAACUGGGAAAGGCGGGGGGGAGGCUGAUGAGAAAUCAAACAGUGAAUCUGAAAAAAAGAGCUUCCAUAGCGUUCACUUAGAAGUAAUGCUGCCGCAGUUGGCAGGACUUCCACGUUGGGGAUGGUUGCUGUUGGGUUGCAAGUACAGCAAGGGAGAUCAAUGUUAUUAUCCUGGUAUGAAUGAUGGGGUUUGGGGUCCAUGUUUCCUUGUGAUUUGAACUGUCAUUGGGAGACUUGCACUGAAUGGAGUGCCACAAACCAAAUGCCCUGUGCGUCCCCUGCCUCUUUGCCCGUCUUGAGUGUCAGGAACCCUCUAGAUCUGAUGAUGAGAUAGGGCUACUGGGGCUCCGAGCGAUGGGCAAGGGCUGCUGCCUCAUCUGGAUCCGUCCCUGUUGCCCAGGAAAGGCGCUCUUCUGUUCUGGAGGGGAUUCUGGGUCCAAGCGUCCCUUUCCCUUGCAGAGUCGUAGCUUCCACAGCAAAGGCUCAAAUAAGAAAUGCAGCCUCACUCUAGGAUUAGACAAUGUGAUCCCAUAAAAACAAAGCCACUGUGAUUGGAAUUGGGAUUUGAACAGUGGGUUGCUUUUUCCAUAGGAAAAAUUGGAUUCAAGGUAGAUAUGGUUUUUUUUAUACAUAUAUAUAUAAUUUAUCUGGCAAAGAUAGCUGAUCUAAUGAGGAUGCUUUUUUUCUUGUUAAAUGAGACUAUCAGUACCUGUGCUUAUCGAAAAGCCAAUUAUGUGAAUUGGAUGUCUGAAGCAUAAUUUGUGCGAGAAUGGUAUCUGUAAAUACAUUUAAAUGAACUAAAGAUAUUUAAUAAAUAUAGUAUUUAUACAA